ACUUUAAGUACAUUUGCACUUUCUCUGUUAUCUUCUUUCCACACUAAGGUCUAGAUAUAUAUUUAUCUCGUUUUAAAUGCAGAAAGUGCAGACGAAAUGAACACGAACCUAUUUGUCCCCACCACGCUUCUGUUUACGUCGUUUGAACAAGUUUGCCAAAGUCCGCACGUGUCUUACGAUGAUCUGUCCUCCUGCAUCCUAAUAUGUUUUCCAUUACUUUGGUGAAUAUUGAUAGUUAUCAGGCACCCCCUAUACCCGAGUUAGAUGUGACAUUUUCCGAAUUCCGUGGCUCCGAAGUAAAAAAGGUACCGGUAAUCAGAGCAUUCGGAUCAACUGCCACAGGCAAGAAGACAUGCCUGCAUAUCCACGGUGUCUUUCCAUACAUGUACGUCCCAUGCACUGUUCAGGAGAAUACGGAUAGCCAUGCUUAUCAACUAGCUGCCGCAAUUGAUUCUGCACUGAAUACAUCUUUUGGUUCUGCUUUGUCUACCAACCAACAUGUAUACAAGAUCCAACGAGUAUCAGGAAUACCCUUUUAUGGUUACCAUGAAAAGGAACACUUGUUCUUUAAAAUAUAUUUUUAUAAUCCAGCCAUAAUUAAAAGGACAGCGGAUUUGCUACAGAAUGGUGUUAUUCUCAAUCAAACUCUGCAGCCAUAUGAGGCACACAUUCCAUAUAUUAUGCAAUUUAUGAUAGAUUACAAUCUCUAUGGCAUGAAUUUAAUAAAUUUAAACAGUGUAAAGUACAGACAACUUUCACAAGGAUGUAUAACAGAAGAUAGUCAGAGCAAGUCUUCAAUGGAUCUGUUAGAUUUGCCAGAGUAUCUGCCGUCAUCUGUAACGAGACAAAGCAUGUGUGAGCUGGAAGUGGAUGUGCAUGCUUCGGAGAUUCUGAACAGACAAGGUGUUAAUGAAAAAUUGGAGCUGAAUCCUGGUCUUGCCGCGAUCUGGGAAGAAGAAAAAGCGAGGAGGGCCGAAGCUGGUCUGCAAGACACAAAAUCGCAAUUAUUGUAUCCUAAAACUCCCAGCAAAAUUAUUCUACCUCCAACGAGCUAUGAUAUCUAUCAAGAGGAACAAUUAUUAAAGAGACUAGCUGUUAUAUCACAAAGCAAUGAAACAAUUGUUUCAAAUGCGAUGGUAUCUUCAUAUCCUAUUGAAGUAGAAGAUAAUGAAAAUGUCUUAAAUGCAUCUUGUGUUUUAAACCACAAUGAAUCUCUUGUAUAUGAAGAAAAUCUUGAAGGAUCAGUUUCUGAUAGUUAUAAAUUAUUGCAAUUGGCCUCAUCAGCGUUUUUAGAAGUGGCUCGAAGUCAAAGUAAUGUAACAGAUACUAGUAUUUUGGAUGCAGAUGAUAUGCAAUUGGUAGAAAUGUUAGCUGACUUAGCAGAAGAAAAUGAAAUUGCGAGUAACGUAGAUGACGAUAGCGUUCUCGGGUCUCAAUAUUCUACAUUCGAACCAAUUAAAAAUGAUCAGGAGGAGGAAGAGAAUGAGGAUUUAAAUAUCACAAGUUUAGAUCUAGACAACUUAAGUUCUUGGGAAUCAAUGUGUAAUCAGAGAUCCGAUCAAUGUGAAAAUAUGGUAAAAGUUACCGAUAAGCAGAAUAUUGAAUCUGCAGAUGACUCAAAUGUCAAUGUAGAAAAUUUAGAUGUCACACUAGUGAAUUUUCCACAAAUUGAUGGCGUUGAUGAUUCAUAUGAGUUAUUAAAAUAUGAAAAAGAGACAAGUAAUUUAAAUAAAAAUAAUACUGCGUGUUAUAUGGAAGUUCAGUGUCUUCCUAAAAUAAUUAAAAAUUUUAAAAAUGAUUGUAUUAUUAACACUAAAAAAGAUUAUGUUAUACAUAUUUCACGUAGAAAUAUAAACUUAAUAAACAUUAUUAAAUAUAUUGCAAAUAAUCCUAACAAAUGUCAUUUAAGAAAAGAGUUAUAUAACUUUGUAAAUAGAUAUUAUUUUCAUAUAUUUUUAAAAACCAGCAAAAGUUUGCUAGAUACGAAUGUAAAGCAUCUACCCAUCUAUAUCAACACAAGUACUGUUAUAAAAAAGUCAAAUUAUUUAAAAGAUAAAAGAAGGAUUGUACAUAAUAAAAAGACAGAGGAAGAGUUAUAUAUUGUUCGAUGUCAGUUACAACCGGAUCAUCGAGACUUGGAUGUUUAUGAUAUAGAUGAAAUAGAAACGUUUGAAACUUUGGAACACAAUAAUUGUAUAACAGAUUAUGAAAAAGACAAGUGUAAUUACGAACCAGAUUCUUCUGAGUCACGUAUUCAAGAAGUACCUUUGAAUAUCAAUCAAUGCUUACAUUAUGAACCAUGUAAUUUUUCAAUGAAUUUUAUUAUAACGAAUGUCGAUGGAGCUACAGCUACCGACUCGAGCGAUACUGAAUCCGAAGCCGAUGCGACAAUCGAUGUACAAGAGGAACGUAUAUGCGUUUAUAAAUCUAGUAAAAAAAAUAAUAUAGUUCAGAUUACACCAAAGAAGCGAAAAUUUGAUUUUCAAGAGGACGAUCACGGGUCGCCUGGUAAACGAAGAAACGUGACUAUCAAAACGCCAAAGAAAAAAUACAAUUCUCCAGGCAAGGUGCCUCGAAGUCCAAAAUUGUCAGGAAAUUACUCACCUCUUAAUAUUACUAUUACAUCUCCAAAAUCCAUUAAAAAUCCUGUACAACGAUGCGAAUCUCCGAAGAGAAAUCAAUACGUGCCAACAUCCGACGUUCCUUCUACUUCAUGCAUUACACCAAAGCACACCAAAAUACACCCAUUACGUGUGAACUUGCUUCGUGAAAAAUAUUUAAAUUCGGAUCUAGAAAAUAAUGGAGCUACUGAUAAUGAAAUAAAUACUAAGAACCAUGUUGUAAAAGUUGAUAAAAUGACAACGGUCGACGAACCAAUACAAGAUCAUGAACAGAGUAAAAAUAGUGAAAAUUUAUUAAUUAAGAAAAGUAAAGAGGUCCGUAAAAGACUGUCUUUCUUAGAUUACGAUGAAGAGGAUAUUUGUACAAAAUUAGAUUAUAACACAAACCAGUCUGAGACUUUAAUCACACCUGGGCAUUCAAGAGAUCAAGAUGCAACUGCAUUUGUUUCCACUAAUGAAAAUAGUAACAAUAGCGUUCCAAAUAGCCAAUGUACAGACAAGAGUAAUAAUGAUACAUCUCCCGAAAGAGACUAUGCGUCAGAUAUACAAAAUCUGGCGAAAAACUCCAUGAAACUUCACGAUGAAAUUAUUCCUGAAACUGAUCUCGAUGAAGACGAAGAAGACGUAUGCAACGUAACUUUCACUCAGCACCUCAAUCAAAAGUUAGAGAGCGAUAGUCAGGGUUCGUCGUUAGAACGGAAUAUUCGUCGUUCAUCAAGGAACGCAAUAAUUUUAAUUACUACAAUAUACAAACCUCCUAGCCCUGGAAGAAUUUUGGAAAGUAUGACGAUGUACGGCAUUCCGAAAUGUAGAUCGCAAAAACCAUUUUUCAGCGAUAAACUAGAUCUCGCGAAACAAAAAGAAUUGUCGAACGCGAAUGCUGUGUAUUUUGAUGUGCCCGCAUUUAAAUCCAGUCUAGAAGACAUCACGAGUAUUAAACUAUGGCGAAGAAUGAAGGUCAAUGAAUUUCAUCCUUCCGGAGCAAACAUAAAGUCUUGUCAUAUAAAACGGAUGCUUGCAGGCUAUAACUCAUUAACGAUUAAACCACUUAUAGAACCGCCGUCCUCUAAAGAUGUUAAAAAUUGGAUUAGAGCUAAAAAAUAUAUAUCGAAAAAAAAUUCCGAUGCCAAAUUAUGCAAGCAGAGUAAGGCAAAGGCAUUAGAUGUACAAGAUGUACAGCAUUUGUCAACUAGUGCCCUUAAUGAAAAAAAUACAUCCCAGCCAGGAACGUCGAAUAAUUUAAUUAAUAACGAUUCAAAUUUCAAAGAACAUGUGCAUUCACCAAUGUUUCAACGAAACACACUGAGCGGAACAUUAUUUGACGAAACCAGGAAAGAGUUUACACAAAAUUCUGAUAAUUUGCAAAACAGUUUGGAGAACAGUUUAGAUCCUUCCUUAAAAAGAGCACUGGAAAAUCCGUUAUUACAUAAACAAGAUAAGACGCAUCUAGGUAUUUCGUACGGCCAAAUCGAAUGUUCAUCUAAGGGAAGCUGCAGUAACGUCUCAAACGAGAAUCUUCAAAAAGCCAGAGCAAUAACAGUACAUCAGUAUCUAACGUUAUUGUCUCUCGAAGUGCACGCCGUUACUCGGGAAGAACUUCUUCCUGAUCCGCAAUAUGAUUCUGUCGCUGCAUUAUUCUACGCGAUUUACAACGACGCCCCAAAGGAUACCGAGCAACAGAUAGAACACGGCGCUAUAAUUGUAAAUUCUAACUCUGUUAGUGCAAGACUCAAUAAGAUACAUUCUGCCAGCGCAAUGUGUCCAAUCCUGUAUGUUGCAACGGAACAGGAUGCGUUCGACAACCUUAUAAAAUUAAUCGAGCAACACAAUCCGGACGUUCUACUUGGCUGGGAAGUGGAGACGCUUUCGUGGGGUUACAUUUUUCAGCGAGCAUUGUAUCUUCGGCUUAAUAACUUUCCAGUGAGAAUCUCGAAAGUUCCACACAUACAGAUAUUUUCCAAAUCUGAUGUUUACGCAUUUGAAAAGGACGAUGCAAAUGAAAUAAAAGUACUCGGGCGUAAUAUCCUUGAUGUCUGGAGGAUCAUGAGACAUGAAGCAGCAUUACUGACGUACACUUUUGAGAAUGUCAUGUAUCAUGUUUUACACGAAAGAAUUCCGUGUCCUUCCUUCAAGGCAUUGUCCACGUGGUGGAAACAAGAGAGCAUGAUAUUAAAAAGUAGAGUUAUACGUCAUUACGUUAUCAGAGUCGUGGGUACUAUCAAGCUUUUGAAUCACUUGGAUAUUAUAGGUCGCACAUGUGAACACGCUCGACUUUUCGGUAUACAAUUUUACGAGGUUUUCUCGCGAGGUUCACAGUUUCGCGUCGAAUCUAUGAUGCUCAGAUUAGCGAAACCCAUGAAUUAUAUUCCGAUUUCACCGUCCAUGCACCAAAGAGCUAAGAUGCGAGCGCCGGAAUGCCUACCGUUGAUCAUGGAACCUGAAUCUAAAUUUUAUACCGAUCCAUUGGUCGUGCUUGAUUUUCAGAGUCUAUAUCCGAGCAUGAUUAUCGCUUAUAAUUACUGUUUCUCUACGUGUUUGGGAAGAAUAGAGCACAUAGGCCAAUACGGGCCAUUUGACUUUGGUGCAGCGACGUUAAGGAUAAGGAAGAACACCGCGUUAAAGUUACAAGGCAAAAUAAACUUUUCGCCUUGCGGCGUAGCUUUUGUAAAAAAAGAGGUCCGUCAGGGAAUACUACCUCGUAUGCUAACGGAAAUUUUGAAUACCCGCCUGAUGGUAAAGGAGUCUAUGAAGCUGCAUCCAGCAAAAAAUCGUACGUUGCAACGCGUUCUUCAUUCUCAGCAGUUAGGCCUUAAACUGAUUGCAAAUGUUACUUAUGGUUACACAUCCGCCAACUUUAGCGGUAGAAUGCCAUGCAUCGAGAUAGGUGAUAGCGUAGUUAGCAAAGGACGAGAGACAUUGGAACGUGCGAUCAAACUGGUGGAAACCACGCCGAAAUGGGGCGGCCGAGUAGUUUACGGAGAUACAGACUCCUUAUUUGUAUUGUUACCCGGGAAAUCUCGAGAAGAAGCGUUUACUAUCGGCGAGGAAAUCGCAGAUGCUGUUACUGCGAUUAAUCCCCCGCCCGUUAAACUCAAAUUUGAAAAAGUUCUUUAUCCAUCCAUUUUGCAAACGAAGAAGCGAUAUUGCGGAUACAUGUAUGAAACUCGCGAUCAGGAGAAGCCUGAGUUUCUGGCGAAGGGAAUCGAGACAGUUCGCAGAGAUGGAUGUCCCGCCGUUUCUAAAAUACUCGAGAAAGCUCUUAAGGUUUUAUUCGAGACGAAGGAUGUUUCCCUGGUGAAACAGUACGUUACCAGGCAAUUUGAUAAGAUUUUUCAGCGACGUGUGUCUAUUCUGGAUUUAACAUUCGCAAAAGAGUUUCGCGGAAUGCAUGGAUACAAGGCCAACGCUUGCGUGCCUGCAUUGGAGUUGACACGUAGAUUGAUGAAAAAGGAUCCGCGCGCUGUGCCGCGCACCAGCGAGCGCGUUCGUUACGUUAUCAUCGCCGGUGCACCCAAUCAAGCACUCAUCCACUGCGUGCGCACACCGAUGGAAGUCGUCGCCGAUCCAUCAUUAAUUCCAAAUUCUGUGUAUUAUAUAACAAAAGUCAUUAUACCGCCCCUCAAUCGCUGUUUUAACUUGUUUGGGAUUGACAUCAAUGCGUGGUACAAAGAAAUUUCUCAUCGUUCAAAUUUUGACAAUAUCGCAAACUUAGGAGGAAACAAUUUAAAAUCCACUAUUCGCCAAUUCUUCAGUUCAACGGCAUGCAUUACCUGUGGGGAACAGACCAAUAAAGAAAUUUGUCCAGAUUGCCUUUUGCAACCAACUCGAACUGUUCUUGUACUACUUGAAAAGAUCAAGCAAUUGGAGAAAAAUUAUCAACAAAUCACUGCUAUUUGUCAUUCUUGUAUCGGACAAUUGGGUGACAUAGAGUGCGUAUCUCUCGACUGUCCUGUUUUGUACCGAAUGGCACAGGCUCGUAAAGAGCUUGCGCAAGCUUCCUAUAUGAAUAGUAUUAUUUAUGGAAAUAAUUCCAGCGGAAUCAAGAAAAUAAAUGCAGUUGCUGAAUGGUAUGAAGCGUUCUGGCUGCUCCGAACGAUUCAAACUCUCGACUUCGUUCGUGUCUGUAAUGGCGUGACAGUCCUCUCAUGUGCAAUGCCGCGUUUGCCAGAUACGAUGUCUGCUUCCAAGGGCAGCUCGUCUUCCUCCAAUUCUAAGGCUUGUUGCUUCUGCCAUUUGAAUGAGGACAACGAGAUAGAGUACGGGAAGAUCUAUGAGCACAAUGGGAUUGUCACGCAUUACUAUUGUUUGCUCUUGUCCUCAAACAUGGAACAGAAAGGAGCUGACGAUGAAGGCAUACUUGGAUUUCUUGAGGAAGAUAUUCAAAAAGAACUUCGCAGGGGAAAGAGAUUGCACUGUUCUUAUUGCAAGAAGCUUGGUGCGACUUUGGGUUGCUAUCUUAGUAAAUGCACCAAGAAGUUUCACUUACCCUGUGGUUUGAAGGAAGGUUCUCUACAUCAGUAUUUCAAAGAAUUUAGAUCAUAUUGUGUAGACCACAGGCCAAGACAAAAGAUUGAUGAUCAGAUUUUAAAACAAAUUGUUUCAGUAGAUAAUGUAUUAUGUUAUAUUUGUUAUGACAAAGUUAACACUGAUGAUUUUGUGAACACUUUAUGGGCUCCUUGUUGUAAAAAAGAUGCAUGGUUUCAUCGUAAAUGUAUUCAGCAACUUGCAUUGAGUGCGGGAUAUUUUUUCAAGUGUCCAUUAUGUAACAAUAAGAAAGAUUUUCAAGCUGCUAUGUUGGAAUAUGGUAUUUUCGUGCCGAGUCAAGAUGCUUCAUGGGAAUUGGUACCAAACGCCUUUGAAGAGCUUUUGUACAGGCAUGAUCAGUGCGAUGCACCGAUGUGUCAUUGUCCAAAGGGAAGAAAACAUAUAAGUAGUAAUGCUAAGUGGGAAUUGGCGCUAUGUCGAAUGUGCGGAUCACAAGGCAUUCAUAUGGCUUGUGGACAAUUAAAAUGGGCCAAUCCUGUAUGGGAAUGCAACGAAUGUAUUUCCAUAUUACGUAAAGCAGAGCAUGAAAGACAUGAAAGACUGAGUAACGGUUCUGCAAGAAGCAGUUCUAGUCAGACUAAAGAUUCUGAUUCAAAUUCUGAGCAAGAUUCAGAUUCGAACUCAAACUCAGAUUCAGAUUUGGACAGUGAUACAGAUAUCUCUGUGGGAACUGACGUUCCCUUGCUACCGUGUUCAGUGACCAGUAAUUCAUCUUUACGUCUUCGCACCUCUUCGGAUUCUAAGGACGUUAAGUUGCGACCUGGGCCACGAUCUUUCAAAUUAUUACAGCAGAAGAUGAAUAAGUUACAUAAACGCAGGUUGGAAUUAACAAAUACUAAUCUUGAAACAAAUGUUGAAGCUAGUCUAAAAGAUACCAAGGAAUCAUCAGAUCGUAACGAUGAGAAGAGAGAACCGUCGACAAGUAAAGAAAAUAUUUCUCAACAAAAAAGUAAAAGAGAUAGUUCUCGGAAAAAAAAGAAGGAAGCUAACUCUCAGAAAGAAAAUAAGAAAGAUAACUCUCAGAUGGAAAAUAAAGUAGAUAGUUCUCGGAAAGAAAGUAAGGAAAAUAACUCUGAGGAACAAAGUAAGAAAGAUAACGCUCAGAAAGAAAGGCAAUUGUCUAAAAAUGGAGGAGAAAUUCAAUCGAUUCAGAAUGAAGCAGAUAUUAUUACAAUUGAAAGCGAUGACGAUGUAGAGUUUAUUGCAUUAGAACGCAAAACAAAUUCUCCACCCUUACACAAGCAACAGCAUACACCGACUUUUAAAUCGCAGUUAAAUGCAAAAUCAGAUGCUACUUCUGCAGAAUUUAAGAGCAAAAGUGUAACAAUCGAUUUAUUAAAUGACAAUGAUGUCACUCGAUCUACUGUAUCAGAGUCAGAGGUUUUAAACAAAAACGCAAGUACCUCCGAUGAAGUCGAUGUAGCAACAUCAAUAGAAUCCACAUUAGAUGUAGCUGCUUCAAAAAGUGAUGAUUUAGAGGAAACAAACGAAAUGAAUUUAAGUGAGGCGUCCUUUAUGAAUAUCAAAAUUACUAAUGUUACUUCUCUACCGCCUGAAGUGUUUGAAAGCGUACCUGAUGUAUGCAACGAUGUAACAUCACAUGAGAACACUACUGAUACUUCAGCUCUUUCUUCCAAUAAUAUGUUGGAGCAACUCUUUACACUUGCCUCUUCUGCAAAGCGUAGUAUAUAUGAAGUGAAUGGCGUUACUGACAACUGUAAGAAAAUCAAGAGAAAUAGUUUUGAUGGAAAAUUAUCCGAAGAGAAUUCAGCAACUAAUGUUAUUGUCACAAAUAAUUCAAAUACUGUAAAAAAUGAUACAAAAGAUACAAAUAUAAAUAAUACAAAUGGACAACGAAACGAAAGCAUAUCUACAAGCAAAAUUGGCAAUAAUAAAGAUUCCUCAAAAUGCACAGCUACAACCAUUUUCACUCCGCAGUUAAAUAACAGUCAAAAGAACAAUUCGCCUCCACCACUUGUAGCAUUUCACAAGGCGAAUGGAGUGCUUGAAAACCAAAUAUUGCAUUUAGAAAAAAAUGGUGUAUCUGUUAACGUAGAGAGCAAUGACUCUGUCACACAAAAAAAUCCUGAUACUGCACUUGUGACCUAUAUUGACAAGGAUCAAGUUUAUUUACAAUUUCCGCCGAAUAGCAGUUUUUAUUUGCAACCAAUACCAAGCUCAGACAUUAAAAUUACUCAAAAAGGAGAUGAAACAAGUACGUAUACUAUACCAUUGAAUAACGUACCUGCACCGCACAAAUCAGAUAAUCAGAUUAUUAAAACUGUGAUUGUAAAUCAAAAUGUAGAAAAGACAAACGAAACGGCCGUAUAUGCUGUACCACCGGGUAAUCUAAUUCACGUGUCGGAAAGUCUUCUCAGAAAUGUGCUUUUAAAUAAAUCAGUCAAACAGGCCAAUGUAAUUGCUGCACCUGUUCCGAAUACAAUCGACAAUCGAGUAACUCUGCAAAAAACUGCCUCGAAAGAAAAUGUAUCUGCUAGUACAUCCAGUGUUGGAAUUGGCUUGUCAAACAAAUCUUAUUGUGACGGGGAUGCAGGCACCAGACCUGUCUAUCCGACCGGUUCUAUCAGUUCCAAGGAUGGCCCACCAAGCGAAUCCCAUAACAGUGCGGCCAGCAAACAAGAGGUUAACGGUUCUGUUGCCUGCAGCGUCUUCCCUAAAGUCACAAACAACCAUAACACCUGUCAUCAACCUAGAUUGAUACCGCGUUACAUAAAUCUACACGACCUUAAAUUUAAAGUCUGUGAUUCAAAUAAUCUUCAGAUGACUCUAUAUGAUACGUUCUCCGUAAAUAUCUCAAUGAAUUCUAAGAAGGAUAAGAAUCGAUUGGUAGACGUAACUGUACCACAGGAGUCAAAAGGAUCGUCCGCCUUUGCGUCUCUCGGAGCUUCCUGCAGUUCAAAUCACAUCAACAAUACUUCAAUUGAGACACAACGUUCCGACAAACUUUUUCGUUCUUUAAAUUGUUUAAUUAACGACACAAGUACGUGCGCUAAGUACAUAGCGCACGGUAAGGAUGACACCAAAGAGAAUUUAGAUCCAGUUAAAUCCGUGAGAAUGCUCUCACGUAGCGGUACAUUAGACAAUGUAAAUCCGAUGAGCAAUGUUGAUGACAUGUCUGUGAAUGACCAUUUCCGUGACGAAGAUGACAGUGAGAUGCAUCUCAUUUCAAGUGAUACUAAUAAUUUAAGUGUUUUAAAUCGAACUAUUUGUAAUAUGAAUGUAGAUAAUGUUACGGAUGGCGUGACAUUUGUUCCGAACAAAUGUUCCGAUCAAGGUUCACGCAUUAAUUUAGAAGAUGUACAGCUUAAACAAGCGUUUGUGCGUAAUGCGUUUCCUGUAUCUGCCGAAGACAGAUCCGGGACUCGGCUAUUUGGCAAGGAAACUAAUAAAUUAGUACAAGGUGUUGAUUUUGAUUUGAACGUUGUUAACAUGAAUAAAAAUGUUGCGAAAGUAUCGCAAGAUAUCACUGUUUCAAGUCGACAUACCGAUGGCGAUAGAAUUAGCAAUCAUCAUACAGAUGAUUCUUCAACGUUACCAAACGGCUAUAAAUAUUCAGACAGUACGAAUGUAAUGAGAUUGAACAUUAAUAAUCAAAAUGUCGCACAUGUCACGAAAUUUAAUGAACACAGUAUCCUGAAUAAGCAAAUCGAUACAUGCAAUUCUAGAAAGUUUAUUCGGUGCAUGACAUUUCAGGAAAACACUGUACGUUGUAAUGACGGGACUAAGACCAAAAGUAACAACGGAUGUUGUUUUAAAGUGAGCAUAGAUUUGUGUAAGAUACAAAAACUAAUAGAUUCCAAACCGGAAUUAUUUCAAAAUUAUAAGCACGGCGAUCAGCUGCGUGCGCGCACAAAUCGAUUAUCUGGCCUAAAUGACUAUGUUCGACAACAGGUAAGAUACUGUGAUAUUGACAAUAGGGAUAGUAAUUGUCUGCUCAAAAAUAAAGAAUUGCAAAAGUCAAAUACGUUCCUACUGCAUCAGAAGUCGAAUCAGGAAAUUAGAUAUUUCGAUAAAGAUAUCUUGGACAGAUAGAAGUAACAUGAAGAAUACUCUGUAUGAUAAGAUAUAUAAGUAUUAUAAAGCAGAAGAAAAUUAUAAAUACUUGUUAAUGAUAAUUUUAUAAAUAAUUUGUAUAAAAAGAUGUAAAAUACUCGUACAUGUUAAUGAAUGAAGUUUUUUUUUAUAAAUUUAUACGCCUAUAUUCUCAACUUUUAUCAGUAAAAACUUAUCGAUAAUAAUGAGUUGAGAAUAUGGACUGUAAUUUUUAUAGACUUAUUAAAUUUUCUGUCAUUUCCUAUCUUUGAAUUGUAACAUAGUUACUAAAUUCUGUUGUAUUGGUAUAUUCUUUCAUAAAGAUGUAACAUUAUUUUUCAUGUUAUACUGAUAAUAAUAAAAUAAUGAUUUUAUUUAUA